AUGGCGUUGAAAGUCGCCAUAAUAGGCGCCGGCCCAGCUGGUUGCGCUCUGGCUCGCCUACUACAGCAGUCCGGUCAAGAUAUCGCGGUCAACAUUUACGAAAGCGAAGCCAGCCUCGACUUCCGCUCUCAAGGCGGCACCCUCGAUCUACACGUCAAAACCGGCCAAGCUUGCCUCAAAGCCGCCAACCUCUUCCCUCAAUUCGAGGAACACGCCCGCUACGACGGCGAAGCGAUGAACAUCUGCGACAAACACCUCCUCAGCUACAUCAAACAGGGCGCCUCCAAACCCGGCUCUUGGACCAGCACCGGCCGUCCCGAGAUCGACCGUCCCAAACUCCGCGAACUGCUCUACAACUCCCUCGCCCCUGGAACAGUGAAGUGGAGCCACAAACUCACCUUCAUCAGCCCCCCGGCCUCGUCUUCCCCUAACUCCAAACCAAUCCUAGAUUUCUCCAACGCCCCCGACGCAAUGGACUUCGACCUUAUCGUCGGAGCUGACGGUGCCUUCUCCCGCGUCCGCCCCUACCUCUCCGACACCCAGCCCUUCUACUCCGGCAUCGCAGGCCACGCCUUCCGCAUCCCCAACGCCGAAACCGAGCACCCAGAACUCUACACUCUCGCGAACCGCGGCAGCCUCUUCUCUUUCUCGGACGGCAGAUCGAUAAUGGCGCAGUACAUGGGCGACGGCUCGCUCAACUGCGCGACCUGGGCCGUCCGUCCCGCAACGUGGAAAGACGAGGGAUGGGACGUGCAUGACCCGAAAGCUGUGAAAGAGAGAGUGAGGCAGGAGUACGCCGAUUGGGACCCCAGGCUUGUAGCCUUCACGCAAGCGGCGGAGGAAGGGCCAGGUGGCGUCGUGCCGCGAGAUCUGUUCAUGCUACCGAUCGGACACGAGUGGGAGCACAGGAAGGGCGUGACGUUGAUAGGGGAUGCAGCGCAUGUCUGUACGCCCUUCGCGGGAGAAGGGGUGAAUUUGGCAUUAGAAGACGCCAUGAAAAUAUCCAACGCCAUCGUCGCAGCGGCUGCGGAGACCGGGGACGAGGAAGCGAGGAGAGAAGUGCUGGACAAGAAAGUGAAGGAGUUCGAGAAAGACAUGUUUGUCAGGGCAAAGGCGACGGCGCAGAUGACGUGGGAUAUGAUGAAUGCGAUGUACAUGGUCCCCGGGGCGCCAAGGGAUGGGAUCGAGAAGUACAUCAUCACGGCAGUAGAGGGGGAGAUGGGUUGGUGGCUGACGCGGUUGCUGUUGAAGCCGUUGGUGUAUGCUUAUUUCUUUGUGUUCAAGAUGAUCUGGUAG